AUGUUCAUUGAGGAGUCUGCUCUUGAAGUCUCAGCCUUGGCUAGAGUGAACCCCGGACAGAAAUUCCUAAGGAUCCACAAACAACUCAUAGAGGACUUGGGCCACAGUGGCAGCCUUCUGGUCUCUUGUACGGUGUCACCUGAGAGGGUGUGUAGUUAUCAGGAUGUUCUGGACCACCUGAACCUGACCAGAGGAAACGAUGUGUUCACCUCCACGCGGCCCGUGCUCGACCACACACACCCAACCAUGGUGCACCUGGAUGUCUACCUAUACGCUAUCCUCGCCGUGAUUGAGAAGUCCCAGACCUUUGUUCCCUUCAUCUGGAUACAACUGACCUGGAAUAAUGAGCGGAUCUGGUGGGAUCCUAGUCAGUUCUGUGGAAUAUCCAGGGUCUCCGUUCCCAAAGAGAUGUUGUGGAUACCAGACCUCUUAAUCUAUGAGAUGAUAGAGAAGGACAAUGGCCCUCACAGCCCAUACCUGUAUGUGUCCCAUGAUGGGAUCGUCUUAAUAGAGGACGAAAUGAAGGUGGUCAGCACCUGUAAGAUGGACGUCCACAAGUUCCCCUUUGACACACAGAGAUGUAACAUCACAUUCAGCUCCGCCAUACACAUCGUGACAGAUAUACAGCUCAUUCCUUUCUCUAACUCGUCCCGGGUCACCCAGGCUUCUCGUGAAGUCAUGCAAACGCAGGGAGAGUGGGAGUUCCUGGACAUGACUGUCUCCAGGGGCAAACUAAUCUUAGAUCGCGAGUGGGACCAGAUCUCAUACACUAUCACCAUGGCGAGGAGGCCCCUCCUCCACGUCAUCAAUUUCCUGCUUCCCAUCCUGUUCUUCCUGUGUCUGGACCUGGCCUCCUUCCUGAUCUCAGACCAGCGGGGGGAGAAACUAGGCUUUAAGGUCACCGUGCUGCUGGCCAUCUCUGUUUUGCUGCUCAUCCUCAAUGACAUACUGCCCUCCAUGUCAAACAGGACCCCUCUCAUAGCGACCUACUGUAUAGUGAUCUUUGCCUUCAUGUUGCUAAGCCUGUUGGAGACCAUCUUAGUGACUCACCUGAUGGAGAGAGAUUCCGUACACCAAGAGACAGGUAUAGACCGCGCCCCCGCAUAUGACUGUGACAACAAACCAGACCACACCCCCUGUCACACCUGUGACUCAGAGGAGGAGAGGAGGCGUGGUUGCUGUGCCUGUAUCUGUGAUGUGUCUGGAAGAAAAGCUCCAUGUGAACCAUUGCCUGUUGCAGAAGAGGUCAUCUGUAGCGAGCAAGGAGAGACUCGCCUGCUGCUGUCGAUUCUGGGGGACCUACGGGCGGUUGAGCGGACAUUAGCGUUGUUCGCCAGUGGCAGGAGGGAGGGGAAACCUGGCUAUUGGACCAGAGUGGCACGGCGCCUCAACGCCGCCUUCUUCACCAUCUACCUCAUCUCUGUCAUGCUCUUCAUUAGCCUUAUGUGUAAGGAGUGGUUAAAUUAGACCUAGAAUUAAAUUACCAAUUGCAUAUCCAAAUCUAGACAUCAGAGCAUGCUUGUAUACUUCAUGUUUACGUCCCAUUUUCUCACGUGCAGUGCCACUGUCGAUGGGUGUUUUGUUUUGAAAGGCAUGUGCAUUUAUGUAGCUCAUGUGCAUAAAAUAUAUUUUAAAAAUUAUGUUUAGCAUAUUCAAACACUAUGGAGAGUACUUAUGUUAGCCAACUGUGUGCUUUUCAUUUCAUAUAUCAUGUUAU